UGAUUCACGGAUAAUCGGAGUGAGAGUAGAGAGACAGAGGAGAAGUCUGGGAGACAGAGGAGAACUCUAAAGAGAGAGAGAGAGAGAGAGAGAGAGAGAGAGAGAGACUGGAGAAGGAACGACUCUUUAUAGCUGCUGUAACUAGAAGUGAUGGGGAUCGAGGAGCUAAGUGUGAGGAACGGUCGUGCCGUUUCUGACCGGUGGGCUGACAGUGUAGUGGGGCGACCCCGGACCCCCGAGCGCCACGUCACCGUCCACAGAAGGCUGGUGCUGGCCUUCAUUGUCUCCAUCCUCACGCUGGUCGUGGUGACAGCCAUCGCCGUGAUGUUGGCCCUGAGCUUCGAGAAAUGCAGCAGCAGCAGCAGCAUUAGCAGCAUCAGCAGCGAAACCCUGGUUCCCCCCGGUUCCACCUCCAAUCGGUCACGAGAACAGAAAGGUGGAGACAUGCAGCCGUGGCGGCGUUUGCGUUUACCGACAGCGCUGAGGCCGCGCCACUACGACCUCCAGCUCUCGGUCUACAUGAACAACUUCACCUUUUCCGGGGAGCUAAGCAUCGAGCUCGAGUGUGUGAACGCCACCAAGUUCAUCGUCCUGCAUGCCGAUGGGCUGCACAUUGACAAGGUGGCCGUGUACUCGGACGGCAAGAAACCCGGUGCCAUGAGGAUCCACCGGCACUUCCGGUACUCACACAACCAGGUGUACGUCGUCGCUCUGCACCGGGAAAUGAAGCCGUUUAGAACAUAUAAGCUCCACAUGACCUUCCAGGCUCAAAUCCAUGACCAGCUCCUGGGCUUUUACCGCACCUCCUACCUGCUGCAUGGAGAACAAAGGUUCGUUGCCGUGACUCAAUUCUCUCCGACUCAUGCGAGGAAAGCGUUCCCGUGUUUCGACGAACCCAUCUACAAAGCCACCUUCAGUGUGACCUUGAGGCACGACGCCUCCUACCGGUCCAUCUCCAACAUGCCUGUCGAGUGGUCCGGCUUGGACGAGGACGGCCGGGUCGUCAAUCGCUUCUCCAGGACACCUCGCAUGUCCACUUAUUAUGUGUCUUGGGCCGUGUGUGACUUCGGCUACCGAGAGACGACGACACGCAGCGGGGUGACGAUCCGGAUGUUCGCUCGGCCUGAUGCCAUUGAGAGCGGAUCAGGAGAUUACGCCCUGCACAUCACCAAGAGCCUCCUCAACUUCUAUCAGGAUUACUUCAGAGUCACAUACCCCCUGCCCAAACUAGAUCUCCUAGCAGUCCCGAAACACCCAUAUGCGGCAAUGGAGAACUGGGGUCUAAGUGUGUUUGUGGAGCAAAAAAUCCUGCUGGAUCCAGAAGUCUCGUCUUUCUCCUACCAGAUGGAUCUCACCAUGGUGGUGGUGCAUGAGAUCUGUCAUCAGUGGUUAGGAGACCUGGUCACUCCAGUAUGGUGGGAUGACGUGUGGAUUAAAGAGGGGUUUGCCCAUUACUUCGAGUACGUGGGAAGCGACUUCCUCUUCCCAAAAUGGAACAUGAAACAGAGGUUCCUGACCGACGUUCUGCAUGAAGUCAUGCUGCUGGACGGUAUGGCAACGUCUCAUCCCGUCUCACAGGAGCUUCUCCAAGUCACCGACAUCCAGCGAGUUUUCGACUGGAUCUCCUACAAAAAGGGAGCGGCGCUGAUUCGCAUGUUGGCCAGCGUCAUGGGACAAACUGCAUUUAAGAGAGGCAUCAAUGAUUAUUUAGUGACGCACGAGUACGGAAACACGGCACGGGACGACCUGUGGAGCUCAUUUUCACAGGCCAUGCGGAUGGAAGGGAAGGACCUCAACAUAAAGGAAGUAAUGGACGGCUGGACUCUGCAGAUGGGCUACCCUGUGGUCACCAUCACCAGGAACCAGAGCCUGGAGAACACACUCACCAUCAGCCAGGAGCACUUCCUGUACGACAAGGACGCCAAGAUCCACCACCAUCAGCUCUUCAACAAGAGUUUGCAGUGGCAGAUCCCGCUGAACCUCGCUUUGGGAAACUCCAGUGGCACAUGGUCUGAGUCUCUCAUCUGGAUCUCUAACAAAACAGAGACGCACCGAGUGGGACGUAUAGAUGAGGAGACAUGGUUGCUAGGCAACAUCAAUCAGACGGGCUACUUCAGGGUGAACUACGACCUCCACAACUGGAGGCUCCUGAUCCAGCAGCUGCUGAUCAACCCCACAAUCAUCUCGGUGGAGAAUCGAGCAGGUCUGAUGGAUGAUAUCUUUACCCUGGCCAGGGCUGGUGAUCUCCCUCAGAACCUCCCACUGCAGAUCAUCUGUUAUCUGUCGAAGGAGGACGAGUUCCUGCCCUGGCAUGCUGCGAGCAGAGCGCUGUACCAGCUGGACAAACUGCUGGACCGCACCGAGGACUACAGUCUCUUUAGUAGUUAUGUGUUAAAGCAGGUGGAACUGAAGUAUCAUAAGCUGGACUGGCCGAGAGUGAAAUCAGGCGAUUCCUUCAAGCAGGCCAGCUUUCAUACCAAUGAGCUCCAGAGGGAGGUGAUCAUGUUGGCGUGUAGUUUUGGGAAUAAGCACUGUCACCGACAGGCCAUGUCCCUCGUCUCCGAGUGGAUCUCCAGCAACAAGAACAGGAUUCCCCCGAGCUUGCGUGAUGUGGUGUACUGCACGGGCGUGUCUCUAAUGGACGAAGACGUGUGGGAGUUCAUGUGGAUGAAGUUUCACUCGUCCAGCUCCAUCUCAGAGAAGAAGGUCCUGCUGGAGGCCCUGACCUGCAGCGACAACACCUUCCUACUCCACAGGCUGCUAAACGCGUCUCUGAACUCGGACCUGGUGCCGGAUCAGGACGUGAUCGACAUCAUCAUCCACAUCGGACGCAACCCACAUGCUCGCCAUUUAGCCUGGAGAUACUUUAGGGAGAAGUGGAACGAGCUGAACUCCAGGUUCGGCGAGGCUUUAUUUCUAAACUCCAAGUUGAUCAGCGGAGUGACGGAGUUUCUCAAUACACGGAGAGAACUCGAUGAGCUGAAGGACUUCCUCCAGACGAGUGCUGCCGGGGCGUCUGCAUCUGCGUCUGCGUUCUCUCGAGCGCUGGAGGUCGUCCAGGGCAAUGUGAAAUGGCACCAGCAGUACAGAGAGCGUUUCUUCCAGUGGCUCAGGAAACCCAGUGAGGGCUAAAAGAUCCAGCUGUUGCUGCUGCUGCUGAUGUUGUUGUCCGCGUGGAGCCUCGGUGCACUCGUUUACCUCCACGUGACUCCAGGUGACAAGACAUGAGGAAAAAGAGCAGACCUGAUCUUUACACCCUGUACAACACGGAGCCUUGUUUCCUCCCUGGACAAGAAGCAGCCGGAUGAACCGGAAGUGGACAUGAUGUUUCAGUUGCAUGAUGCUUGUUCUCUCUUUCUCAUUCACCUGAGUUCUGGGUUCUGUUUUUGUUUAUGCAUGAAGGACAAUAGUGAAGUUUGUUUCAGAAAGCAGCAGGUGGACUGCAGGGCAUGGUCAUGUGAUCACGGUAACUGAGUGCUUGUGUUUUGUCAUUUCCUGUUUUCUUUCUCAGUCACAAAUGUGUUUCCUGAGCACUGCUACUGUACAGAGGGUGGAGGGGGUAAUGGGGCAGGGGGGGUCCUUGGGCGCCUAAAUGGGAAAGGGGUUGGUUGUCAUGGUGACAGAUCAGGAUUCAGAUAUUUGUUGCCUUCAGUGGACGUGAACAAAAUUUCCAGGCUGAAAAAACAAACGAACGCAAAAGGGCAAAUAAGCAUACAUUUUACUUCUCUUUACCACACCAACUCAUCUUUACCACACCAACUCCUCUUUACCACACAACUCCUCUUUACCACACAACUACUCUUUACCACACAACUCCUCUUUACCACACAACUCCUCUUUACCACACCAACUCCUCUUUUACCCACACCAACUUCUCUUUACCACACCAACUUCUCUUUACCACACCAACUCUUCUGUACCACACCAACUCAUCUUUUACCACACCAACUCUUCUUUAACCAACAACAACUUCUCUUUACCACACCAACUCAUCUUUUACCACACUAACUCUUCUUUAACCCACACCAACUCCUCUUUACCACACCAACUUCUCUUUACCACAUCAACUUCUCUUUACCACACCAACUCCUCUUUACCACACCAACUUCUCUUCUACCCACACCACACGCUCUACUACAUUGCUUCUGUUAACACCAUAACUUAUAUCCUUUUCCAAUCAAAUUUAUCAUUCAGUGGAAAAAAAGAUCAUUUUUAAGUUUCAAAAAUUCUCUCUCUCUCUCUCUCUCUCUCUCUCGCUCUCUCUCUCUCUCUUUCCACACAUCUGAUACCGAAAAAACCUCAACAGUGUCAGCUUUACCUCCAACUCUCACAAAUCGCUGAAACUGGAGACUCCUUUCUCAUACAAGCUGUUGCCAUAGAAACAAGAAACCUUGCUGUUAGAUAAACCUGAUCAACACCUGACCAAUCAGAAGUGGGAUGAAUAUUCCUAAGCCACACGUAUUACCAAGUACCAGACCAGCCUUUUUCCUUUGCACUGUGUUUAUGAAACAAAAGAAAAAGUUCUUCUGUGUUGUGGAGGAAAUAAACUUCGUUCUGUUGGAACACAGCA